UAGGCGCAGGAUGAUGACGUCACGUACAACAACUAGAAGUUGCUACUGAGGCAGAAAAGUGCGUAGCUGCCUGUCUGAUGCUCACACAGUUUCACAGCCAGUAAAACAUCCACAGACAGUUUUUUUUUAACGAUGUCCUGGUUUAAAUCUGUGUCGUACGGAGGAGGAGAUGUUUUCGACGAGAGCGGAGACGAGCUGAGUCUGCAGAGUAAAGAGUGGAUAUCCAACAUGAAGAAACGUGUCAGGGAUGGUUAUGUGGACGGUGUUGACGCCGGAGAGGAGGCCUCACUUCAGAGGGGUUUCGACCUGGGAUUCAGAGAAGGAGCAGCUCAGACUGUGGCUGUGGGCCGCCUCAAAGGAAUAGUAAGUGCUAUAUGGUGCUGGUGCGAGAUCCAACAUCCGGAAAACCCCGUCCCAGCCUCUGUGACUGACCUCCUGCAGCGAGUUACACAGCACGAAGACGCGAUCACAGAGGGCAUCAAGAGGGCUUUGGAGAAUCCUCCUCCCAGUGUGAGCGACGUCUCGGAGAGCAUGGAAGAUCUGGAGGUGGAUCAGGGAGAUCAGGGUUGUUGCGGAGAAGGAUGCAAAGAGGCGGACUGCUGCAGGAGAGGAGAAAAAAUGGACCAGGACUUUCCUCACCAGCCACAGAAGCAGUAUUCAGGGUCCAGUGACUGCUCCUCCAGCUCAGGAGAAAGUCUUGACAACCUCCUGCAGCGCUGCGUGGAUUUAGUGUCGGAGCUCGGACUGCCGCAGGAGCUGAUCGCUCACAUACACGAGUUGCAGAACAUGUAGUGACUGAAGAUCAGAGAGCAGAGUCAGAGUGCGUUUGAACCCUUGAAUGGACACCAUGAGCUGUGACACAAAAUAGGUUUUAGUGUGAAUUUCUUUUACACAGAAAUGAAGUAUUUUUGAUAUUAUAUAAAAUCAUAUAUAAUUUGUAUACUGUACAAUGGUUGAAGAUUUUAUUUUAAAUAAAAAUGGAUUUGCUAUAUUUUA